ACCAACACAACACUUCGAUAUAUUGAAACACGCAGCCCCCUCCGAAAAUUCUUACCUCUUUCCUUUUCGUCCAGUUCCGCACCUCGGACUCAAAUCGCAGAUUCUGUUGUUAACACUUGCCCUUUCUUUCUCCUUUUCCUUGAAAAACGGGGAGAUCACAUAGACGGAGUCGGAGAGGAGGGUAGGGCUCACGGCUUACCAUGGAAUUGGCAGCAGAGAAAAAGGAAACCACCGCCACCAAUCUACCCCCUCCAGCUGUGGACGAAGAUAAAGACCAGAUCGCCCUCGAUCUCAAGGCUGGUCUCCACCCUCUCAAGCACAAAUUUGUAUUCUGGUACACUCGCCGAACGCCUGGAGUUCGAACUCAAACAUCAUAUGAGGAUAAUGUUAAGAAGAUUGUGGAAUUCAGUACGGUUGAAGCCUUCUGGGUCUGCUAUUGCCACUUAGCUCGACCAUCCACAUUGCCAAGCCCAACUGAUUUGCAUUUAUUCAAGGCUGGUAUCCGUCCACUGUGGGAGGAUUCUGCUAACUGCAAUGGUGGUAAAUGGAUUAUUAGGUUUAAAAAGAUUGUAUCAGGCCGGUUCUGGGAGGACCUGAUUCUGGCAUUAAUAGGAGACCAGCUUGAUUAUGGUGAUAAUAUUUGUGGAGCAGUAUUGAGUAUCCGUUUUAACGAGGACAUAGUGAGUGUGUGGAACCGCAAUGCUUCUGACCAUCAGGCGGUUAUGGCUCUGAGAGAUUCCAUCAAAAGACAUUUAAAGCUUCCCCACAGCUACGUGAUGGAGUACAAGCCCCAUGACGCCUCCCUGCGAGACAACUCCUCAUACCGCAACACAUGGUUGAGAGGAUGAGGCUGCCACUGGCUCCGCAACAAAGAGAUGGAUGACCAUGCCACUUUACAAUUUGUCAUAUGAAGGUAGAUUCAUCCAUCCAUGUUGGCGCAGGCUUGGCCUCUUAAUUGAAUCUCACCUCACCCUACAGUCACAUAGGGCUAUGCAUCCAUCCAUCUCCUGUGUAUUCGAUGGAUGGUUGACUUACUCACCUAUCACUAUGCUGUUGGUUUACUUUUGAUACCGGGCUCGCUAGCUUGCACUAUUGUCUUUC